GCUGUCUACGUGGACCGGUGCUGAAGUAUCGCGCCUGGCUGCCAGGAGGAUCUUCAGCUCAGCCAAAUCCAGAGAGAUGGCGACCAACGGUGCCAAGACGGCCACAGACGGACAGGUGGCGACGGAAAUGAACGAGUUAACGACGCACGAUACGGCCAAACGUGAGGAGAGUGAGGAGGAGACGAACGCCAAGAAGAAGGAUAUUCCUGACCGGGAAACGUGGGCGGGAAGGUUCGACUUCUUGCUGUCUUGUGUGGGCUAUGCCAUCGGGCUCGGUAACGUGUGGAGGUUUCCAUACCUGUGCGGUAAAAACGGUGGAGGGGCCUUUUUGAUUCCUUACUUCCUGACCCUAAUAUUUGCCGGAAUGCCCUUGUUUCUGCUCGAAUGCUCUCUUGGUCAGUACACUUCCAUCGGUGGACUUGGAGUGUGGAAGCUUGCCCCAAUGUUCAAAGGUGUUGGCCUUGCUGCUGCAGUGCUCUCCUUCUGGCUUAACAUUUACUACAUUGUGAUCAUUGCUUGGGCCUUAUACUACCUGUACAACUCCUUCACAACUGAUCUGCCAUGGAAAUCUUGCAAUAAUCCGUGGAACACGGAGCGCUGUUUCACAAACUACAGCAUCGCGGAUACCACCAAUCUGACCAGUGCAGUCAUGGAAUUCUGGGAGCGCAAUGUGCAUGACAUGACAGACGGCUUGGAAAAACCAGGCCAGAUCCGCACCCCACUAGCAAUAACUCUUGCCAUUGCUUGGGUACUUGUGUACUUCUGUAUCUGGAAAGGUGUUAGCUGGACUGGAAAGGUUGUGUAUUUCUCUGCCACCUACCCCUAUUUCAUGUUGUUCAUUCUGUUCAUCCGUGGGGUCUCCCUGCCCGGCGCAAAAGAGGGAAUCUUGUUCUACAUCACACCCGAUUUUGAAAAGCUUAAGGAGUCAGAGGUCUGGCUGGAUGCCGCUACUCAGAUCUUUUUUUCGUACGGUUUGGGUCUGGGGUCGCUGAUUGCACUUGGCAGCUACAAUCCUUUCAAUAACAAUGUUUACAGAGAUUCUGUUAUAGUUUGCUGUAUCAACUCGUUCACCAGCAUGUUCGCCGGCUUUGUCAUCUUCUCCAUUGUGGGCUUCAUGGCUCACGUGACCAAGAGAUCUAUAUCAGAUGUAGCUGCAUCAGGUCCAGGCCUGGCUUUCCUAGCAUAUCCAGAAGCGGUGACACAGUUACCCAUCUCUCCACUGUGGUCCAUCCUCUUCUUCUCCAUGCUGCUCAUGUUAGGAAUUGACAGCCAGUUUUGCACAGUGGAAGGCUUCAUCACGGCUCUGGUGGACGAGUUUCCGAUGGUCCUGAGGAAAAGACGAGAGAUUUUCAUUGCAUGUGUGUGCGUCGUGUCGUAUAUUAUCGGCCUGUCCAACAUCACACAGGGAGGCCUUUACGUCUUUAAACUGUUUGACUACUACUCUGCCAGUGGGAUGUCACUUCUUUUCCUGGUUUUCUUCGAGUGCAUUUCUAUCUCCUGGUUCUACGGUGUAAAUAAGUUUUAUGAUAAUAUCGAGGAGAUGAUUGGAUACAGGCCCUGUAUAUGGUGGAAACUCUGCUGGGUCGUCUUUACUCCUCUGAUUGUGGGGGGAGUGUUUCUGUUCAGCGCAGUCCAAAUGGUUCCCCUGAAAAUGAAUAACUACGUUUUCCCAGGAUGGGGGCAGGGGGUGGGCUGGCUCAUGGCCCUUUCUUCCAUGAUCCUGAUUCCUGGAUACAUGGGCUACCUGUACCUCACAACGAGGGGGAAGAGUAAGGAGCCUCUGAAGCCAGUGCGGGCGCAGGAGAACGGGCCAGAGCAACAACAGGUACAGCAGCAACCAGAUCAGCCACCGCAAGAGCAACCUUCACAGCAAAAAGGGGAUAACGCUGCCCCCGUCACCCCCACCGCCCCCGCCAACCCGGAUGCCAACGUCUAACACCCUAGCUGAGAGCAAUCAAAGACAAACAACACAGAGGACUUCCAUGUUUAUACAAUAAUAGAGUCAUCUACCUCCAGGGGCCAAUUACCAUCCAGUUGAAUCAUAGAAAAUCAUGUGCAUUA